AGUCGGUGUGGGCGUGGUGUCUCCUUUUCACCCUCCGCCAGCGCCUCGCUUCCCGAGAUAAGAUGUGGCGGCUAAUAAUCACAGCGAUUUUGUUCCAAGGCCUGGUAAAUUCAGCAAUGCUUGAGAGAAGAAAAAGAGGUGUGGAUCCAGAAACAGCCAUGAACAUUAGUGAACUUAUUUUAUUCAGAGGAUAUCCCAAUGAGGAAUAUGAAGUGGUGACAGAUGAUGGAUAUAUCCUAUGUCUGAAUAGAAUUCCUUAUGGGAAAAUAAGUCAGAAAACCAAGGAACCGAAACCAGCUGUGUUUCUGCAACAUGGCCUUCUUGCUGAUGGCAGUAACUGGGUGACCAACCUAGACUACAACAGCCUGGGUUUUGUGCUAGCCGAUGCUGGUUUUGAUGUUUGGUUAGGGAACAGCAGAGGAAACACUUGGUCCCAAAAACACAUCAACUAUACCACAAAGCAAAAAGAAUUCUGGAUGUUCAGUUUUAAUGAAAUGGCUAUGUAUGACAUUCCUGCCUCAGUAAACUUUGUCUUGAACAAAACUGGUCAGGAGCAACUCUUCUAUGUUGGUCAUUCUCAAGGCACCACAAUAGGUUUCAUUGCAUUUUCAGUUUUUCCAGAGUUGGCAAAAAAGAUAAAAAUGUUUUUUGGAUUGGCACCUGUUAUGACUGUGAAGUUUACAUCCGGUGGUUUGGUCAAACUUGGAGAACUUCCUGAAUUUCUGUUUAAAGAAAUAUUUGGAACUAAGCAGUUUUUCCCCCAGAAUGCUGUUAUAAAAUGGCUUGCUACCCACGUGUGCGGCCAGGUUUUAAUUGAUGAUCUUUGUGGCAACUUUUUCUUUCUCCUGUGUGGAUUUAAUGAGAAAAAUCUAAACAUGAGCCGAGUAGAGGUCUAUUCAACACACUGCCCAGCUGGAACAUCUGUCCGUAAUAUGCUUCACUGGUCUCAGGCUAUAAAGUCUGGAGAAGUCAGAGCAUUUGACUGGGGAAGCAGAAAAGAAAAUAUGGCUCAUUAUAAACAGCCAACACCACCUCCCUACAAAAUGGAAAGGAUGAUUGUUCCAACUGCCUUAUGGACAGGUGGCCAUGACUUUCUUUCAGACAGGAAGGACAUUGCCAUCUUACUGACUCUGAUCCCAAAUUUGAUAUACCACAAGGAGAUCCCAGAAUGGGAACAUCUGGAUUUCAUCUGGGGCCUUGAUGCCCCACAGCGCAUGUUCAGAGAUAUGAUUCAGAUGAUGCACAAAGUUUAAUAUGCCCAUUGAUUACUUGAAGUUGUAGUCUCAAAACACUGAUGCAGUUGUGAGAAGGAAGUCUUGCUGUUUACCUAUAUCCACUAUUAUUCUGACACAAGCCUUCCUGCAGUACCUUAAGAAGUGGAAAUUUUGCACUUGCCAUAAGUUUUUUAAACCAUGCAGUUCAAUGGAAAGGCAGAGAAAAGGUACUGAAUGAAACCAAAUGCCCUUGCGGUGCUGCUAUUCUUGCACUAUUCAGAUAAUUUUUGAAACAAGGGGAAGGGAGGAUGACAAUUUAUUGAAGCUUGCUAAUAUCCAUGAUAUUGAGCCUGUGAAAGCUAUUUAAACAUGGCUGCAUAUGUGCGAUUUUAUUUUGAUUAUUUUGUUGGAACAAAUUCCUUUCAGAGUGCACUUAAAUGUUGAAAAAUUUGCAUAGUUUUGAUAAGGAAUCAAUAAGGAUAGUUAGCAAUGGCUUAAGUUUAACAUCUAUGAAAUUUACAUUGACGGCUCAUUCCAAACCACACUCCUUGUUUGCUUAAAAUGUGAAAGAAGCACUUGGAAAGCAGCACCUUGGUAUUCUCUAAACACAAGUGAUCCUGAAAGUAGAUUUUACAAAGUAGAUUUCCUGCCUUAAAAUCCUCCUGUGGAUUUUGCAACACAUACUUAAAGAUGCACCUUUCUGUAAUAUGGAAAGAACAAAUAUUUUCGUUUGUUUCAGUAGGGAGAGACCUGCAGCAGAAGCUUCUUGAGUUUAUAGUCCUGGUUUUGGAAACAGAUGUAUGCAUUAUAUUUCUGGGGCAUCUGGAAGACUUGGGUGUUUUAAAGGGAGUGGGUAUUUUAAAGGCAACAUCAUGUGUAGGGGAGACUGAUCUCUUGGGAAUAAAUUCUUGAUCUUUUAUAACA